AUGGCCCUGGCAGAGCCUCUAGAAACUUUAAUGGACACCAGGACAGCUACUGCAGAGCUGGGCUGGACAGCCAAUCCCGCAUCAGGGUGGGAAGAAGUCAGUGGCUACGAUGAAAACCUGAACACCAUCCGCACCUACCAGGUGUGCAAUGUCUUCGAGCCCAACCAGAACAACUGGCUGCUUACCACCUUCAUCAACCGGCGGGGGGCCCAUCGCAUCUACACGGAGAUGCGCUUCACUGUGAGAGACUGCAGCAGCCUCCCCAAUGUCCCAGGCUCCUGCAAGGAGACUUUCAACUUGUACUAUUAUGAGACUGACUCAGUCAUUGCCACCAAGAAGUCGGCCUUCUGGUCCGAGGCCCCCUACCUCAAAGUAGACACCAUUGCUGCAGACGAGAGCUUCUCCCAGGUGGACUUCGGGGGAAGGUUGAUGAAGGUCAACACGGAAGUCAGGAGCUUUGGGCCUCUUACUCGGAAUGGUUUUUACCUUGCUUUCCAGGAUUAUGGAGCCUGUAUGUCUCUCCUUUCUGUCCGUGUCUUCUUCAAAAAGUGUCCCAGCGUUGUGCAAAAUUUUGCAGUGUUCCCAGAGACCAUGACAGGGGCAGAGAGCACGUCUCUGGUGAUUGCUAGGGGCACGUGCAUCCCCAAUGCAGAGGAAGUGGAUGUGCCCAUCAAACUCUACUGCAACGGGGAUGGGGAGUGGAUGGUGCCCAUCGGGCGCUGCACCUGCAAGCCUGGCUAUGAGCCCGAGAACAGCGUGGCCUGCAAGGGUUUAACCAUCACAGGCCGCCCAGCCAAGCUCUACGUGCAGUACUGCAAAUACGUAGAGGCCCCAUACCGCCUGCCGCCCUGCCCAGCCUUUGGCUCCAGCGUAGGAGGGGCUGUCCCACAGCAGCAGGCUUAG